AUGUUCAACAUUUCAAAGCAACUAUUCCAACAAUCUGCUAGAUUCUAUUCUACCUCUUCUUAUAUCAAGAAUGUAGGUGUUAUUGGAGCUGGACAAAUGGGUAGUGGUAUCGCUCAAGUCUUGUCACAAGUAGCCAAGAGAAACGUUAUUGUGGUCGAUCAAAACCAAGACAUGUUGGACAAGUCACAAAAGCUCAUUGGUUCAUUGUUGACCAAGGCCGUUGAAAAGGGAAAGAUUACAGAGGAUGACAAAAAGUCGACCAUCUCUCGUAUUCAAUACGCAAAGUCUAUCGAAUCGUUAAAGGAUGCAGACUUUGUCAUUGAAGCUAUCGUUGAAAACACUGAAGUUAAAUGCAAACUCUUUAACGAUCUCUCCAAGAUUGUCAAGACUGAUACUAUCUUGGCUUCAAAUACUUCUUCCAUCUCUAUCACCAAGAUUGCUUCUGCUGCUGCUUUACCUGAAAAGGUUAUUGGAAUGCAUUUUAUGAAUCCAGUACCAGUAAUGCAAUUAGUUGAAGUAAUUUCAGGAUUACAAACUUCAAAAGAUACACAUUCAAUCACAUUGGAUUUGGCUAAAGAGAUGGGUAAGACUACUACCAAUGCCAAGGAUAUGCCGGGAUUCAUUGCCAAUCGUUUGUUGAUGCCAUAUAUCAAUGAAGCUGUACAAACACUCUAUGAAGGUAUUGGUACUGUCGAAGACAUUGAUACUACCAUGAAGCUUGGUUGCAACAUGCCAAUGGGCCCACUUACACUCGGUGACUUUAUCGGUCUUGACACUUGUCUCUCGAUCAUGAACGUUCUCCACUCUCAACUCGGUGACUCUAAAUACAGACCUUCUCCAUUACUCAUCAAAUACGUUGAAGCUGGUCGUCUUGGUAGAAAGAGUGGUCAAGGUUUCUAUAAUUACUCUAAAUAA